AGGGAAUCACCACAACCAGCCACUGUAACCGAGACAAUAGGGCUAGAUUGACGGCGCGACAAUUUGCGCACGCGCCGCUACCCCACGUGCAAUACCACUGAGCGUGCCUCCGAUGGAAAGGGGCGGAGCUUAGUAGGAGGGCCACAACACAUAGGGUAGCUCGCUGAAAUCUAGUCAGAACACUGGUCUCACUCGGUGCACGUGGUAACAGUUUAAGCAGAGGGGAAAAACUUGUUCAUUCUUACGGAGUAUCAUAUUUUCAUGGAGACUAUUGCAGUUAUGUUGCUUAGUUUCGUGGGAUAAAGUUGUUGACAGCACGGAAAGUAGCGAGGAGGAUUUUACCAUUGUUUAAUACAUCCUCUUAUAGUAUGUGAUAGCCAAGAUAUGAGGAAUAGUAGUUGGUGUAUUUUCAGUUGGAUGUAUCAAACAGGAUCAACAAGUUCGGAUUAUCAGCUGAUCGCUUGUCAAUUUCACCUUGUGUCACUCAUCUGACGUCUGAAAUCAACAUCUAGGAGACGGCUGAGAGCUUCAAGCAAUGAACAAGGACACGCUAUUUCAUUUCUUUGUUGGAGUCAUAUCCAUAGUAAUCGUUAUAAGACUGUCAGAGGGCGUCCGCUGGCUUGCCCUGAUGUCUUCGACAACAACAAUACAGAAUGAAGAAAGUUGUGACUCUUUAGCUGGACUAGUAAAAAGACAAAAGAAACUUUGCAAACGAAAUGUUGAACUUAUGGAAAGUGUAAAAGUUGGAGCAAAGCGCGCCAUAGAAGAAUGCCAGUUUCAGUUUCAAAACCGACGCUGGAACUGCUCAACAACAGACUCUAAAAGACUCUUUGGGAAUGUUAUUUUAAAACAAGGCACAAGGGAAGCAGCAUUUGUACACGCAAUAUCGUCGGCCGGGGUGGCGCACGCCGUGACACGUGCAUGCAGUAGUGGUCAGUUGCAGAAAUGUGGAUGUGACCGGACAGUGAGGGGUAGAAGCCCGGAUGGGUUUGAGUGGUCAGGGUGUUCUCAUAAUAUUGCCUAUGGAACGGCUUUCUCUAAAGCUUUCGUGGACGCAAGAGAGAAGGGCAAGAAACGUAAGCAGAAAAACCCAGCACGUGCACUCAUGAAUCUCCAUAACAACGAGGCCGGAAGAAGGGCAAUUGAAGACUUUAUGAAGGUAGAAUGCAAGUGCCACGGAGUAUCCGGAUCCUGCGAAACCAAAACUUGUUGGAAAGCGAUGCCAUCGUUCCGCGAAGUAGGACGCAUUCUCAAGGAGAAGUUCGACGGCGCCACGGAGGUUCGCCAUUUGGUGACAGGAACUAGGGGUGACCUCGUACCUCUCAACGAUCAGUUCAAGCCACACACAGAAGCGGACCUGGUUUACAUGGCCGGGUCCCCGGACUUUUGUGAGCCUGACAAAAGGACUGGGUCGCUUGGAACCCACGGGCGAAUUUGCAACAAGACCUCAAAAGCUAUAGACGGCUGUGAGCUGAUGUGCUGUGGUCGAGGUUAUACCACUAUUAAAAAGACUGUUGUAGAACGGUGCAUGUGCAAAUUUCAUUGGUGCUGCUAUGUGAAAUGUAAAAAAUGUGAGCGAGAUGUGGAUGUACACAUAUGUAACUGAGUUCAAGGUCAGAACCACAAAAAAGGCCAAGGUCAACAAUGACAUCAAGGUAUAUUUGGACAUCUCAAGACGCCAGCAGACACCUUGGGAGCAACAAUAUCAUACUCAUGCUCGAAGCUGAAAUGGACAGUUAUCUGUGUUGGUUGUGUUGGCGAUGCAACUGUUAUGUACAUCGACUCGCGAGGUAGCCUUCGCGGCACCAAUUCUCAAAACAGGAAAUUGAACAACACAAACCAAGAUGUAUUUAAUUUUAACCCAAAAGUGUUUCCGUAUUGACUAGAAGUCACAUUUUCCUAGAAGUCCAUACCUAGAACGAUCUGCUUUUGUGUUUGCACCAGAAGUAAUAUUUCUGACUGUCUGGAGAAGAUGCAUGUACAUACCUGUACGUUAUGAAUACAGUUGACACAUCGACCCUAUGGUGGGGUUCAAAGACAAUGAAGACAAAGGCAUUGCCAGACGUUUGUACAAAGUUGCAAUAUGAUAUGUAAAUUAGACGUCAUGCUUUAUUUAUUUAUAAGAAUUGUUUUAUGUAUAUUUUAGAGUUUUAGGCAACCCCACACAGGUGUCGUGUUGAACACUGUACUAGAAUGCUCAUUCACCCAAGCGUAUAACAUGAAUCGAAUUUAACCACAUCAAGAUAUCAGAUUGUAGAUAUCGACCGGGCUGGUGCAAAUGUUUUUAGAACGUCCUUCACUAUAUGCUUUUGUUGGAAGUAUUGGUGAGUUGUUAUAAGACGCCAAUCCCUAGAACCAUACACAUCACCAACCGUCGGUAAACUUAGCCCCGGGUACACCCUUCGUAAACUUCAUCCUUCACCCCUGGUCAUGUAUCCCCACAGACCCUCCCUACCCCACCCUGUCUCUUUACAGCGUCCACACCCGCCACAGGCCAUGUCCAAGAAGCACCCAGCGUAUGCACCCGAAGUCCUGUACACUGGUCUGUAUCUAUACUUCAGUGUAGCAUCCCAUCUUCCCUGACGUUAAGUAUUUAUCGUGAGAAUAUUUUGACAAAAUCUGUACAGCCCCACCCCCUGACCAGCCACCAUUAUCUCGCGAUCCAUAGAAUUCCUUCUGUGCUGAAAUCCUAUAAAUGAUAAACAUUGUUCACGAUGAAUUUGAUGUAGAUAUCAUUGUAUGCCCUCCAAUGUGAUAUCAGUUUGCUGGCAGGCGAUAUUCAUGUCAUCGACCAAGAUGAACUGUGUGACAUGUGCAUCCUCAUCAGCGUCAUGUGGCUACAAUGUUUAGUUUGUAUGUAGGAUAAAAUCGGGUAUGUGUUUUUAUUGAAAAAUAGUGCUUUGUAUUUAAGUGUCAACUCCACGUGAUUUUGUACAUGUCCAUGUGUUGUCCGUUUGUAGUAUUAAGUAUACAUACAGCAUUUACAACAUGCAAUGUAAACUACGAAUCAUCAUGUCAAUAUAUAAAUCGACUUCAUAUUUAUAGUAAUUUCAAUCAUAAUGCAGAAGAAUAGGAUCAAUAUACUUAUGACAAAAUGCAAAUUAUUUCAAAAUUGUAUUCAGCAGCGGUGUUGCAACACAGUGGAGUGUGUUAAGUAGUGGUGUAUAUAAUAGUAUAUAUCAGUCACGGCAGUGUACAUAUGUAUGUAAGUAUAGACUAUAGAAAGGGGACUCGAAAUUCUGUGUAAAAUAUAUGUAAAAUGCGAAGAUUUUAUAAAGCUAUAAAAAGCUA